CAAACGCUGAGAAGGAGAAGAAACGCUGAACAUUCAAAAUGAAAGGCUGCAUUUUGCUCGCCGUGGUUAUCCUCGCACUCCUGAGGAGCAGCACUGGCUCUCUGAUUGUAAAGGGGCCGGCUGAGCCAAUCCUGGAGGGGCAGAGCGUGACUCUGGAAUGUCUUGACUCGGAAUUGGAAUACAACAUGAGCUCAGUGCACUUCGAGAAGAUGUCAAGGCAUUUCAUGGCAUGGCAUAGCCUGGAAGGAAACGGUUAUGAAUAUUACUACCGACGCUGUUUCAUGUAUGACAUGGACAUAAACAGGGAAGAUGGACGUCUGCGCCUCACAAUCCCAAGAGUCCAUAGCUGGACUGCUGGAAUGUUCCGCUGCGUGGCUGACAACACCACCGAUGCAGACAAUUCGUCAGAGCCAUAUGAAGUAGUGUUUCACUAUAUGAAAGACCUUACUGUGCGCCAAGCUGGUCUUGCCAAGGCCGCCAACUACUUCACCUCGCUGGAGGAAUUGAAUGUUCAGCUAGGGGAUGAUGUGGAGCUGGACUGCUCUGCCUCUUCCUCUGAGGAUCCUCAGUACUUCUGGGUCAAGGAGGGAGAAACCUGGAUGGUGCCCUCCAGUAAGCUGAAGCUGUUUCAAGUGAGGGAUCUGGACAGUGGAGCAUACACCUGCACGGCUCAGCACCCCACCGUGAGCUCCCUCAGCAAGAAGCGCACCGUCAAAAUCACUGUGCUGCCGGAGGAGGCCGCAUGGUAUGAAUCAACAAAUGGACGCAUCUAUCUCAUGGCCUCUGCAGCAGGCGUGGCUCUUCUGAUCAUCAUCGUCUCCAUGACCGCCUUCUUGUGCCGCCGGGCCAGACAGACCAAGAGCAAGGGACCCAUUGAUGACCACUCUCAGAAGAAGCCCAUCUACAGGAACAGCGUGGAAUCCCUCACCUCAACUGCCGGAGACAAUCAGCCGCUGGUGUAAUGAGGGAGAUUGAUGGAGGAGAGGAGUAAGUGGAGGAAAGGGAGCGUCGAGGGUGAGGAGAGACAGAGACUGCCAGAUUGGAUAAGAGAUAGUUUUGUUUGCCAGCGAAACUCCGACCGUGAAUGGAAUUGACGGCGGUAUGAAAAGUGUGCGUCUGUGUUUGUGUGUAUGAGUGUGUGUGUGUGUUUGUGUGUGCACAAAAAGAUAGGCAGACAUGAUUGUUUCAUGGUAAUGGUUCCAUUCCAGCAGGUUUGGCAGCAGAACUCCUUGACAAAAGGUGUGCAAUUUUCUCUAUAUUGAUUUCACAAGCUAACAAAAUUGAGAUUCACUCUUGUUGUCAAAAUUUGAGACUGUGCUUUCUGACUAUACUGGUGUGAGCUUUAAAUUUUAGGUUUUUUUAAGCUAGUCAUUCUGGCAGCCUUGAGUUAUAAACAACAUUCCAAGCACUUUUGCGUCUUUACUUGUUAAUCAUUCUGGGAUUGUUAUUAUAUACACUUUUUAAAUGAAUUGUUUGAGAUUACUUGACAGUACCUUAAGAUUAUAUUAAAUUCUACUGAAGCACUUUAAAUCGUUUUUUCACUGGGUUUAUUCCUUCUUUUGUACAUUUAAAAAAUAAUUAAACUGCUUUUAAAACAUUAGAAA